AUGCUUCCAUCAGUAAAGACUAGGCAACAAACCAAUUAGAGGGAUUAAAAUGUCCUGACUAAUAUUGAGACCAAGAAUUUCCAGACUACCAAUGCUUCUCAUAUUGCUCUUCCAUCAAUAAGCUCUUAAAAGUAUUCUGCCUACUCUGUAUAAUAAAACAAUUGCAAACAGAAUUUUAUCAAUUUAGUAAAAAAAUUCAAACCUAUUGAAACACCUGAAUCGCAAAAAUAAUAGAACUGUGAACCUUUAAGCACCAAAAAGCUUCUGGAGAGAAUAAAAUCUGUAAAGUAGAUUAAGUCUUGUAGGCAUCUUCAUUAUUAAGAUAAUUAAACAAAACAUUUCCCUGUAAGCCAUUAGCGAUAACAAAAAUAAUUACUGAAAUAAACUUUAAAAAAGCAAGUUAGUUUCCUUAACGAAUAGCAAGUAAAUUCAUAAUACUAAUUGCUAACUGAGAAUAUUUGUGAUAUGGGAAAUGAAAAGCACUUUAAGACUCAGACUACAAACUCAGAUAUUUCACUUAAGACAUACUCUGAUACUAGAGAGAAUGCUCAAUAAAAAGAAGGAAAAUGGCUAGAAAUGGAAUCUAGAAUAUUCAAUUUUCUGGCAGAAGAGGGUAUCACAUAAGAGUAACCUAUAUCUGAUUAUAAAUUUGACAUAAAAGCUCUUUUCAAAAAAAACAGUGGCUUGAUAGUAAAUCGACAGAAAUAGCUCCCUUCAAUUUUGAUGAAAAGGGGGAAUUCACUAAAAUAGUUGCAGUAGUAUUCUUCAUUAACAGCCCUUACACUGUCUAAUAAAUGA